GUUGAUGAGAAGUGGGCAGCAAUCAACCCAUUAACCCUGUUCCUCGAGUAUUUGAUGCCGUUCUUAAUGUGGUUCUUUCGAUCACAUUACCUAUACUCAAUAAACUCCACUUUGCCUAUUUAAUCGCCGCGCCACUUGCUGUUAAUCCCAUUUCUCGCUAAUCAAAUGAUUAACUUUAAUGCCUCCAGAAGGUGGAUUUAUGCUCUGAUUUUAUCACACAAUCAGCUCACCCAUCAUCAGUAUUCAAAUUCUCGCAUGCAUGAAGUCGUGACUGAUAUAAUGCCAAUAAGAGUCGAUAACCAUAGUCACUUAAUGUCAAUUUAUUGCCUUUUAAUAUUCGCUAUUUCACUAUAAAUACUUAUUGAAAUUGGAUAUGAGGAGUGGUUAUUUAUCGUAGAUAAUCGCAGCGCAGAGACCAAUUUGGAAAUGCCAACAUCGGACAAAGUUGUAAGAUUGCCAGAUCCAACAGUCAGUGCAAAGGAGGCAGAGAAGAAGGAGGCUGACGAUCCAUGGAUAACAGGUGGUGCCCACGGCUCAAGAGAUGCCGUUCUUGUAUUCAGAACAUGUGUCCUGUCGCAGAGCAGCACAUCGACGUCGGAGGUGGACUUGGUGGAUCGCUGUAGUCCCUCCACGUCCAGUGAGUGUGUGGUGGAAUCUCUGCCGCUGCUUGAGCCCCCGAAGCCUGUCAAGGGUCCAGGAAAGCAGCUGGUGAACAAAUUGAGGGUGCAGCUCGUGUCCUCAAUCAGUGAACCGUCGAUCUCGCAUCGCAAUGGCAGCGACUCGAGUGGAACGGGCAGUGAUAUGGAGAAGGAGGUGGAGUUCAAGUCAAUCUCUGACUCCGAAACCCACGCCAACGAGCAUAGUGGUAGUGAUUCGACGGAGAAGUCUCCGCGAAAGAAGGAAAAGAUCUCGGCCACAGAUGUAAUUGUGCCCAAAGAUAAGUCCGAAAUGCCUGGAGCUGUUCUCAACAUCCGAUAUCGCUUCAUGAACACAGAGACGCGCUUGUUGAGAAAGAUCCUCGGUGGACAUGGGCUCAAAGAGGCCGAGGAGGAUGAGACAUUCAACAUCCUGUGGACGGGAAUUCAUCUGAAGCCUGAUAUUCUGCGAAAUCUACUGCCCUAUCAGCGAGUUAAUCACUUCCCAAGAUCAUCCGAGUUAACACGCAAGGAUCGACUGUAUAAGAACAUCGAGAAGAUGCAACAUCUGCGAGGUGGCUCGAAGAACUUCGAUAUUGUGCCAGAAUCUUAUCUACUGCCCACUGAGUAUCGUGACCUCGUGAGCGCCCACAACAAGUACCGUGGCCCGUGGAUCGUGAAGCCGGCUGCUUCAAGUCGUGGUCGCGGCAUUUACAUUGUCAACACCUUGGACAAGAUUCCCUCGGAUGAGCAGCUAGUGGUGGCCAAGUACAUCAGUGAUCCGCUCUGUAUUGAUGGUCACAAGUGCGACGUGCGUCUCUACGUGGCUGUGACAUCGUUCGAUCCACUGCUUAUUUACGUUUACGAAGAAGGACUUGUUCGUUUGGCCACGGUGAAGUACAACCGCAGCUCUGAAUUCCUGUGGAACUCAUGCAUGCAUCUGUGCAACUAUAGCAUUAACAAGUACCACUCGGACUACAUCAAGAGUCGGGAUGCCGGAGAUGAGGAUGUGGGACACAAGUGGACACUCAGCGCUCUGCUGCGACACCUCAAGAGUCAGGGAUGCGACACUGAGCAGCUGAUGUUGAACAUCGAAGAUGUGAUCAUCAAGGCGAUCUUUUCCUGUGCACAGUCAAUCGUGGCGGCGUGUCGCAUGUUUGUGCCAAACAAUAACAACUGCUUCGAGCUGUAUGGCUUCGAUAUUCUCAUUGACGAUACGCUGAAGCCGUGGCUGCUAGAGGUGAAUCUCUCCCCGUCGCUGGGCAUCGACACGCCACUGGACGCGAAGGUGAAAGCUUCACUGCUCACGGAUCUGCUGAAUAUGGUGGGCGUUCCGGCGAUUAGUCCUCUCCUGAAGGCGGCCUACGAUAGCAAGUACGUCAGGCAUCGCAGUUUGCACGGCAGACGCGCCAACUCGGCGGAUUUUAUCCAGGGCAGUCACACAUUGCCCAAGAAACAUCAGCAUCACACCCUCACGAGUCUCACCACGGAGGAAUUGAGGAUCGUGCGAUCUGCAAAGGCUCAGUUUGCUCGGCGAAGCGGCUUCAUUCGUAUCUUCCCCACGGAGGAUAGUCUCAGUAAGUAUGGAAUGUACCUGGAUCCCAUCACAGGCAUUCCCACGUCCACGCCGCCGCCUUCUGGCACAUCCGUGUGUGCCAUGAUCAUUCCUCACAACUUCAACGUGAUGCUUCACGGGCAGCUUUAUCCGCCAAACGCCACGGAAGUGGAGAGUGGCAUCGCCGAGCGCAUGCAACAGUACGAAAGAGCGCUGGAGACCAGUCAGCCUCUAAAUCUGGGCAAUAAGAUGUACCAGCCCAAGAGCACAGAUGAGGCGAGGCGACUUCGCAAGCAGAUCCGGAAGCUGAUCGAGAACGGCAGCGAGAUGUCUCAGAUGCAGGCGAGGAAAGCAUUUCAAAUGUACCUGGAGUGUAUUCUGCGACGUGUGUCGACUGAAUCGAAGCAGUGCCACGAGAAGUUGGUGCUCAAGUUCAUCCAGCGAUCUGGGGUGAACUUCAAGACACCCUUUUUCAUACGUAAUCCCUUCAGCCAUAAGAUUCUCAGCAAGGAUCGCAGCGCCCUGGUGGCGAAGCAGCUUGGCGACUACUUGGAGGUCUACAACAAGGAAACCGAAGCGCUGAGUGACUCCUUCGAUCCGUAUGGCUCAAUUCCUAAUCGCCUGUUCAGUGACUUCCUCUGCCAGGCGCAAGAGUCCGAUCUCGAGGCUAUCCUCACCAUUCACACCAAUGCCACUCAACAGAUGCCAUUCCUCUACAAUCGCUGCGCUCCCGGAGCUCCUCAGGCUCCGCCAAUCCCAGUCGGAGCUCAUGGCUUCCUCAAAGCCCUGCCCAACAUGGCGCCAAUUGGCGUCAGCAAGGAAUCCCUCAAGAUUGAUCUGUACUACAAGUCCAUCGAGUCCCGAUCGCCCGAGAAGGAGAUCCAGAACGGCAAGAGACUCCCCGAGAAGACCUUCUCCUUUAACACGAUGAAGCGCAAGACUCACACAAUAACCAAAUAACUCUCCCAAAUCUGCCCUCACCUAACCGUCGAUUAAAUCUCCUUUAGAAAUCUUCAGGCAUGAAUCUAGUAAUAAUGAGCUAAAGAGGAUAACCAGAACGAUAGUCAAAGUAUUGUGAUAAAACCAAGCAUUUUUGUUCUACUCGAAUUUUUUUCAUGGAGAUCUGUGAGAUUAAGUAUAAAUAGCUUUUUGUAUAAGGCAAAUAUUCUACUUUUGUAGGUGAUUUUUCUAUGUAAUUUAUUAUAAUCAUUCGAUAUACGCAUGUGCUACAAUUAUGUAUGUUUUAGAAGAAGAUUUUUAGUUUUUAGGAAAAAUCAUUUUAUUUGUGGUAUUUAAUUCAACUAUAAAAGCAGCUCCACACUGUUGUCUAGUCAGUCAAUUAAGCCACGAUAUUCGUUUAGCAAUUAGAAAGGAACGCAAGCACAAUAAGCAAGAUAGCAAUAUAUGAAGAAUAUUAGGAGGAAUUCUACUUCAGUGGCGUAGUGAAUGUUCGUGAAGCGACAAUUGCCUGAACUUCACGUUGAAAGAUUCGGCCUAAAGCAAAUACCUUUAUAACUAAUAACUGUGCAUAGCGUAUAACUUCUCCUCCCUCACUCUUCUAGUAUUUGAAGUUAACAACUAAAUUGGAACUCUUAUUCUGUAUCCCAGUGUUGGAUUGAAAACGGCUUUGCUGUUCUAUAUUUUUGAUAUUGCGAAGAAUCCUUAACACUUAACGAAGUCUAGACUUAGUAAAGAAAUAUUUCAAUAGAUAGUGCAAAAGUUUUUCCUCUCGCCCCAGAUUAACUACGCCACUGUUUUGCAUCGCAUGUUAGAAGCGACCAAAGAAAUUUUAUCAAAGGUUUUUAUUUGAUAAUGGAUCGAAGUGCAAACAAAAACUUACACGUAACGUUCAUACAUUGUCUUUGGCAUCAGACUUAAAAACUUUUCUGUUGAAAAUGGGACGAUAUUUAUUGUUAUUUAUUUGUUUAUUUUGUACUUUGUAGAGAAUUUGGAAGAAAAUUGCUAAUAAAAUUGAGUGAGUUGUUCAAAGUUCCUGCAGAAAUAAAUUCACACAUUGUGUUUAAGAAAGUUAUUUGCAAUCAUUUAACACUAAACUAUUGUUUAAUUGAGGUAUUUAAUAUAAUUCUUAUAUCGUUUGUGUUCAAAUUUAUACAUAUGUUCAUAAUCACAAAUACUUAAGUAUUUAGUACUAGAAAUAUAACUGACAAAAUUUUGUUUUAAAAGUAAGAAACCAAAUACUGGGUAACAAUAAAAUAAUAUCACUUCAAAGUUUAGUAGGUGAAAUUUGCCAAUAUCAUUUUGAAAAAAAAAAAUUGAAUGAGAUCUUAGUUAUUUUACAAAAAUAUUUGCACAUUUUACAUUAGUGGAAAAAUAAGAAAAUUUUGCAGUUGUGAUAUGCGAUGGAGUGAAGAAAAUAUUAACUGCACACGUGAAAGAAUGAAAAUACAAUGAAUGUGAAACGAAUAUGAUGAGUAGAUAGCAAGUAAAUGAAGAAAACAUACAAAGAUAUUUUUCUAAAAUAUUAUCGCAGCAGCGACGGAGAAAAGCAUGAGAUAUUAAAACAGAGAACUUAAGAGCCUAUAAUGUUCAUUACUUAAUCAAUAUCAAUAAUGUGACUUAGAAUGAAUGGACUUUCUUCGGGAUUGUAAUGAUUUUUCUGCGCAAUGAAAUACGAUUUUGAAUAGGAAAAAAUUCCCUCUUACAGCUUAAAUAGAAGGAAAGACGAAUCUGUGAAGGAGUAUUUAAAGUGGAUGACAAAUUUAGGAAAAAGCAAGAAUUAUGUAGCACAGUACAUUUCGUGAGGCGGCUGUUUAACUGUUCAAACUUUUCUGGUAAAAGCUCCACAAGUCUCUCAAUAAAAACUAAUCUUGUGAAA